AUGCCAGUCGCAUCCCACGGCGCUCUACGAGCAUCAGCUCGUAAAGCGACCAAUGGCUUCGUUCACGUUCGUCGCGAGAACGGGCCUGGAGGCACUUCAAGAUCGAUACAUAUUCCACCUCACCAGCCUUUCAACAGUAGUACUACGAGGGGCACGCUCAAAUCUAGCCCAACCUUGGCACAAAUUCGACCACGCACCCCAGCACAUAAGCUCUUUUCGUUCUCCCGCAAUCUCCUCACUAGGUUAUUCACCCACCUCACUGCACCAGGUCUUCGAGCUCCCCACCUUUACACCGGAAAUGUUGAGUCUCUGCAACCCGCACGAGGGUUCGCCACGACGAUCCAAAACAAUCUGUCCACUGGUGCUCGCUUCGCUUUGAAGAAUAGGUCCAUAGGCAAGGGAACCUUCCUCCCCCGUGCUCCACCUACACCUGCCACUAGGGUCGCUACCACUGUAGGCCUCGGCUGUACGAGGAACUUUUCCUCCGCACGCCCACUUUUCCAGAACUUGGUGGACAAUGUCCCCAUUGCCGUUCGAGCACUUUACGAGGCGGCUGAUGAGUGGGAUUCGUUGGAUAGUGGUAUCACUCACAAGGGCGUUAAGAAGAUGCGCGUCGCACUCGAUGGGAAGAAGCAGAACAAGAAGAGUCUUGGCGCGCAGAGGAUGAAGCCCGUCAAGCACACCAUCAAGAUUAAGACGCAUGAAGAUGAGAUGGAGCAUUAUUUCCCUGCACCCAGGUCCAACGUGACCACCAACCUCCUCAUUCCCCUCGCACCGACCCCUACCGCCCGUCUUCCCCUUUCCUCUGAGCCCGAAUCGACUCAACACCCCCUCUUGCCGCUGCCGCUCAUCGGUAGCAUACACGCCUCCCACUCUCGACACGCUCUUCGUGUUUCGACGGUCUUCACUCGCUUGGACCAAUCGAAUGUCUGGGCGCGAGGAGUGAAAUGCUCAGCCUACUCGCAGGGGCACACACGUAAACUGCCGUCCCAUCUAAUCUCAGACGAGGCCGAUGCAGAACAAGAAGAAGGCGUAUGUACCGUCCUUAAAGUGACCUUCGAAGGCUGGUCAAAGGCUGAAGUGAGGAGCGUCAUAGGAGAAAGCGGGACGGGGUGGUGUGUGUUGGAAGAGGUGCGUCAUGACGAUCCCGAAGACGAAGGCAUGGCGGACUCGGUCUUGGACUCUAUUUCCGAGGGUGAGGAGCCGAUUCGUUCGAUGUGGUCCUCGCCUUCUCCUUCUCCUGCCCCUACGUCCUUUGAUAUGGGACUACGAGAAAGCGAAACACAGCUCAUAUUCCCCACCCUCGACUUCUCCUCAUCCUUUCUCAAACACAAUGCGUCGCGCAACGCGUCUUCCGAGUCUGUGUAUUCAGAUUUCGAGAUGGGGGACGAUCCUUGGAUGGAUUGUGCGUCGUCCGACUCUUUAAGAUCUGCGUCGGAGGGUUUUAUCGUGGAUCCUCCAUCGGAGAAUGGGUGGUUUGGUGUUGAAGCUAGUGCAAGCUUUGGAUUCAGUUCUCAGUUCAACAACGCCCGUGAUUCUGAGUUGAAAGAAAACCUGUUUUUCUGAUAGCACGGGAAUGUUGAUGAAAGAAAAAUUUGAAGUACAACGUUCAUACUCUUGCACCACACUCCUUUUAUCCAUUUCUCUUGCAUAGGCUAUAUCUUUGUCUACAUAGGCAAUAGCUUGUUAUAUAUCUCAUGUAAAUAGUCUCACAAUACACGAAUGUUAGUACCUACUCAGCAUUCAAGAUUGGCAUGAC